UUUGAAUUUUUACUAAGAAGUCUCAUCCAAAGUGCAUCAGUGAUUUAAUGAAACUGAUAGGUCUACAAACAGCAACACAGCCUUACCUAGAAAUUUCAUAUAUCUCAAAAGAGUGCCUCACUCCGAGGGUGUGGCAAGAGAGGGUAUUACUGGUGGGAACUGGGAGCCCGUAUCUUAUUGACCAUUCACUAUUGUGUUAAUAUUGUUCACUCCAGUCAUCUUCCCACCCCUCUUCCCUACCUGCAGUUCACCUGUGGACAAAUGUCACCAAGACAAUAACAACUAAGGCUUUGACUCUCUUGUGUUUUCUCUGAUAGAUGAUUAUUAAAGAAUAAUAGCGAACAGAGCUUGCAAAUCCUCUUGAAGUGGUCACACAAGGAAAGUAAAAUUCCCCAACCUUUUUUUGUACAGGAAAUUAGAGUCUACAAUCUCAUCUUCCACCACCUCCUCCAGAAGUUUCGAUCUAGACAUACAUUUAUUCAGUGAGUUGCAAUUUAGCCUAGGGUGGAGUGUCAAAGUUUAAGUUCCUUUUGCUACCGGGUAACUCCAGGCCUUUGUGGUUUCUACAGAUAAAGGAGAUGCUGGUAAAAUUGGGACGACAUUGCCUCAUUGGACCAGCCGUCCCUUGUCGUCGACCAGUGCUUGCAACCAGGUCCCUUUAAGAGGCCAGAAAAGCGCAGCCCUGUGGAUCCUCUUCUGUGCUCCUCCCCUGUCCGCGCGGCGAAUGGUUCGUGCCGGCCUAUAUUAACCCGAGAUCUUCCUCUCGGACGGCAAUGAUGUGAGGCGGGCGAACCGGCCACCGCGCCUACGACUACAGAGGGCGCGCUGCAGACCGCCGAGAACCCCGAAGCGGAGUCGGACACCCCCGGAGGGAAGCGAUGAGAUUCUACCCCACCCGCUGCGGGGUUCUCAAGCACUAUCUGGCUUCUCCUCCUUCCUCCAUCUCCCUGUCCCGACUGUGUUCCCAGCUGGAGUUUUAUUUUCCGGGCUUGCCCGGGCCAAGCACAACCAGGGCUGGUGGCCCUGCGGGGCUCGCACCCCGCGCUCGGCCGCCGCCGCCCAGCCGCUCCCGGGCGUCCUCCGGAGAUGCUGCCGUGGAAGAAGCACAAGUUCGAGCUGCUGGCCGAGGCGCCGCCGCGGCAGGCGUCCAAGCCUAAGGGCUACGCUGUGAGCCUGCACUACUCCGCGCUCAGCUCCUUGGCGAGGGCCUGCCCGGAAGGGGCGCUCAGCCGGGUGGGCAGCAUGUUCCGCUCCAAACGCAAGAAGCUGCACAUUACUAGCGAGGACCCCACUUACACCGUGCUCUACCUGGGUAAUGCUACCACCAUCCAGGCGCGUGGCGACGGUUGCACGGACCUAGCGGUGGGCAAGAUCUGGAGCAAGAGUGAGGCAGGCCGUCAAGGCACGAAGAUGAAGCUGACGGUGAGCGCGCAAGGCAUCCGCAUGGUGCACGCGGAGGAGCGAGCGCUGCGGAGACCUGGCCAUCUCUACCUGCUGCACCGCGUCACCUACUGUGUGGCAGACGCUCGGCUGCCCAAAGUCUUCGCCUGGGUGUACCGGCAUGAGCUGAAGCACAAGGCGGUAAUGCUACGUUGCCACGCGGUGCUGGUGUCCAAGCCGGAGAAGGCUCAGGCUAUGGCCCUGCUGCUCUACCAGACGUCAGCCAACGCUCUGGCAGAGUUUAAACGUCUCAAGCGGCGGGACGAUGCGCGUCACCAGCAGCAGGAGCUGGUGGGUGCACACACCAUCCCGCUAGUGCCGCUGCGUAAGCUGCUCUUGCACGGACCUUGCUGUUACAAGCCGCCAGUGGAGCGCAGCCGCAGCGCUCCCAAGCUAGGCUCUAUCACCGAGGACCUGCUCGGGGAACAGCAGGAGGAGGAGGAGCUGCAGGAGGAAGAAGAAGAAGAGGAGCAUCUCGAGGGCUGCCUGGAGGAGGACGAGGAAGAAGAGGACCGUGUGGGGGAUGGGGAUCCAGCAGAGGAAGAGGCUGAGGCGCAGAGGGCGCUGGUGGUAGCUAUGCACUUGGAAUGUGGGGACUUGCUGGACCCGCUGGAGAAUGGCCACGAGGAGGCGUUGGGGGACAGCGGGGUCUCGCUGGGCCCCAGCUCUGGGACCUCACCUCCUCUGCCAGGCUGUGACUCCGACAUGAAGGCCCAGCUGUCGCAGCUUAUUAGUGACCUGGGCGACCUUAGCUUUGGCAAUGAUGUACGCACCCUGGAGUCCGAUUUAAGGGUGACACGGCUGCUGUCGGGCGAGAGCACGGGCAGUGAGAGCUCCAUCGAGGGCGGAGGCCUGGAUGCCACCCCUGCCACCUACGGCAACCCCAACCCGUCGGGCCCUGCUGACAGCAAUAGCCUAGACGACCCCUACUCGGGCUAAGCUCCCAGAAAACUUCUCCGUGCGCCUAGCACCCCACAGUGACUCCCCAGCCGUAGUUCUGUUUCCCCUAACCUCCAGGAAAGCAGGACAGGGAAAAUUAUGCACCUGAGGUCCAGACCUGAGUUUGGAGUUCCCAGGGGCUGCUUCUCUCCCAUUGUGUGCCCCAGGCACUUUUGACUCCGAGGUGGUUCAGGUUGUGAGUAGGGAGUUGUGGAAGGAGAGAGACGCACUAAGAACGAAAGAUAGACGGACUCUCUGGGGUGGGUGAGGGUGCGGAAGAGGGAAAGCUGGCUAAGGUUGGAAAAGGCCAAGGGCGGGUUAGAGGUGCCCAGCAGCCAGUUUCCUGUUUGUGAGGCAGCUGGGGCUUGGGAAGGAGGGGUAACUUCCUCUCCAGACCCCCUGACUGGGAGGCCUCUCUCUGUCAUCAAUAUCUCAUUAACAAAGUCACUCUCAUAAUAACGGAGGCUUAAAUGGCACUAGCCUACCUGCCCCUAGUUCUUUUGGAUUUGAGAGCUUGGGCUGUUUACCUCAGACUCAAAAACUCUUGAAAGUAUGCCAAAUUUCUCAAAUAACUGUACUGGGGGUAGGGGUGGGGGCAGGGUAUGAAAGUUGUGUUUUGUUUACAGUUAAAGACAUCUAAUAUCUAAAAAAAAAAAAAAAAAAGGAAUUUUCAUUUAGAAAUACACACCUUCCUCCUGUCCCAAAGAGCGUACUCCAUGAUGCUGUGUAAAACAUUUUUGCACCUUUGUGAAGUAUUUUUGACUUUUUUUUGUACAUAACUGUGUUCUCAGAGCCGAAUGUUUAUAUAUCUUUUGCUGUGCAAAAGACAGCUGUAAAAUGUUGUUCAGUUGUACAUACGGAAAUGUGUAUAAAACAUUGUUAUUUUUUGAGCA